AUGGCCCAUCCCCCACUUGAAAGGUUCCAGAUCGGUUGGAUAUGUGCCCUGGCAAUCGAAGCUGCCGCCGCUAAGGAAAUGCUAGAUGAAAGCUUUGGCAUUCUCGACGCACAAGAUCCAAACGACUCAAAUACCUAUACCCUAGGUCGAAUUGGCAACCACCACGUCGUGAUUGCCUGCCUUCCAGGUGGCCAAUAUGGAACUACAUCGGCCACGACUGUUGCGAAUAACAUGGUUCGCACCUUUUCGAAAUCCCUCCGGAUUGGACUGAUGGUCGGUGUUGGCGGUGGAAUUCCGUCGGCUGCUCAUGAUAUUCGGCUUGGUGAUGUUGUGAUCAGCUACCCUGAAGGCACUUCUGGCGGAGUGCUUCAAUACGAUAUGGGCAAAUUCGUUUCGGAAGGACAGUUUCAUCGAACUGGGUCUUUAAACAGCCCUCCUAAGGCCCUGUUAACAGCAAGCAACUUGAUGAAGGCCGCCGAGCUCACGGAUGAUCCUCGUUAUUUUGAAUACCUCCUCAAGGCGAUCGCUAGAACGGCACGCACUCGAAAGAACUUCGCCCGACCACAACAAGACCGACUUUUCAAACCUGAACACGUUCAUCCUACGACUGCGAGCACUUGUGAUAAUUGCCUAGCAGUAUGGGAAGAAACGCGAAGUGAACGUGAGACUACUGAUCCACAAUCACACUACGGUAUCAUCGCAUCUGGAAAUGCUGUUAUCAAGGAUGGAUACGCACGCGAGCAGCUUAGGCUAAGCACCGGGGCAUUAUGCGUUGAGAUGGAGGCAGCUGGCCUGAUGAUGGACUUCCCUUGCAUUGUCGUCCGUGGCAUCUGUGAUUACGCCGAUACACAUAAGAACAAGGAAUGGCAAGGAUAUGCAGCCCUAGCAGCAGCAUCAUAUGCUAAGGAGCUGUUAGGGUAUAUACCUACAACCCAUGUGUCGCGAGAGAAUUUGGUGGUAGACGUGUGUUCAGGACUAAAAGAAGAAGUCGAAGGCGUCAACAAGCGCUUAGACCGAGCAUACGACCAACAAGAACAGCACCAUAAUGAGCAGAAAACAAGAGAUUUGACGGAUCAGCAACAACGUUGCCAUCAAGUGUUCAAGAUAACCAACUAUGAGGAGCAAAAGAACAUCAAUCCGCAAAAGGUGGAAGGAACAUGCCAGUGGGCCCUACAGAAUCCUGAAUAUACUCGCUGGUGGGAGAGCCGCUGCAAUGAUCUUCUAUGGGUAUCAGCCGACCCAGGCUGCGGGAAGUCUGUGCUAGCCAGAUCGAUCAUCGACGAUCAAGUGAGAGCUUCAAGUUCAAGAGUGACCGUAUGCUUCUUUUUCUUCAAAGAAAACGACAAUCAGAACCGUCUUGAUAUAGCAUUAUGUUCGGUACUGCAUCAACUCUUUAGCCAGCGGCCUCACCUCUUACCUUACGCUAUGCCGUCCUGGGAGAAAAACGGGAAGAAACUCCAACAAGAGGCUGAUGAGCUUUGGCGGAUCUUUACAGCAGCCGUAUCAGCUGACGUAUCACAUAAGACAAUUUGCGUAUUCGAUGCACUGGAUGAAUGUCGUGAAAUGGAUCAGGAGCGACUAAUUGAGAAGCUCCAGUUCUUUUAUCGCUCUUCAUCAAAGACUGAUACCUGCUUGAAAUUCCUAGUUACCAGUCGUCCCUACGAUCAUAUACAGGAAAAUUUUCGAGCAAUCACUGAUUCUUUCCCGCAAGUACAUAUAAAAGGAGAGGAAGAAAAUGACCAAAUUCACAAGGAGAUCGACCUAGUGGUGAAAAUUCGAGUGAAAGAAUUAGCCGAAGCAGUGAAACUAUCAAUGGAGGACUACCAGCGAGUCGAACAGCAGCUGCUUCAAAUGGAACACCGUACUUAUCUCUGGCUAUAUCUAGCUAUUGAUGACAUCCACACUACCUUUAAGCGCAGCCUUCGGCCUACAGAGAGUUCUAUCAGGCUGGUACCGUCAUCUGUGAAUGCAGCAUACGAAAAAAUCCUCUGCCGAGUCCCAGGCGAUCAAAUGGAUACAGUCAAAAAGAUCUUAGAGAUUAUCGUGGCAGCACGACGUCCCCUGACAAUACGGGAGAUGGCUAUAGCCCUAGGCAUUGCUACCUACCCGGAGGCCCAGACAACAGUGGAGGCUAGGCUAGAUGCAACUCAUCUAGAGGGUAAAAUUCGGCAACUAUGCGGCUUAUUUGUCUUUACCAAUAACUCCAAAAUCUAUCUCAUCCACCAGACUGCCAAAGAGUUUCUGAUACGAAAAGAUUGCUCGGAGAAGCUCCAUCUUACCUAUUGGAGCGGUCUAAGUGAUGCAGAAAAUCAGAUGGCUGACAUCUGUUUGCGAUACCUAUUGAUGGAGGAUUUGGAAGACGACCAAGGCAACUCUAAUAUUCAAGCCUUCUUGCAAUACUCAGCAGUACAUUGGGCCGAUCACGUACGGCAGAUGCGAAAAGAGAACGAUCGACUGCAUCGAGUAUACGAUAUGAGUGAAAACCGGUUUUCUUUGUGGUUUCCUAUCUUUUGGAAGGCAGUAAUGCCCUACAUAAACCAGCGAUCAAUGGAUGCACUCAACCUGGCAGCAUUUAACGGCCAUUACCAGGAGGUUAAUUUUCUACUUGCUAUCAAGAAACAGGAUGUCAAUACGACCGACGAUGCGGGAAUAACCCCCUUGAUAUGGGCCUCACGGAAUGGACACGACGAGAUCGUGCAGAUACUGCUAGAACAAGGAGCCGAUGUCAACGCCCAGAGCGAACGCUACGGAGGUGCGCUCUGUGCCGCUUCUGAAGGAGGACACGAUAAGACCGUGCAGAUACUGCUAGAACAAGGAGCCGAUGUCAACGCCCAGAGUGAAUUUUACGGAAAUGCGCUCUAUACCGCUUCUAGAAGAGGACACGAUAAGGUCGUGCAGAUACUACUAGAACAAGGAGCCAAUAUCAACGCCCAGGGUAGAUAUAGCGAAAAUGCGCUCUGUGCCGCUUCUAGAAGUGGACACGAUAAGAUCGUGCAGAUACUACUAGAACAAGGAGCCGAUGUCAACGCCCGGGGUGGAAUGUACGGAAGUGCGCUUCAAGCCGCUUCUUCUGAAGGAUACGAUAAGAUCGUGCAAAUACUGCUAGAACAAGGGGCCAAUAUCAACGCCCAGGGUAGAUAUAGCGAAAAUGCGCUCUGUGCCGCUUCUGGAAGAGGACACGAUAAGAUCGUGCAGAUACUACUAGAACAAGGAGCCGAUGUCAACGCCCGGGGUGGAAUGUACGGAAGUGCGCUUGAAGCCGCUUCUUCUGAAGGAUACGAUAAGAUCGUGCAAAUACUGCUAGAACAAGGAGCUAAUAUCAACGCCGAUAGUAGAGCUUACGGAAAUGCGCUCCAAGUCGCUGCUGAAGGAGGACACGAUAAGACUAUACAGAUACUACUAGAACAAGGAGCCGAUGUCUACGCCCGGAGUAGAAUUUAUGGAAAUGCGCUCUAUGCCGCUUCUAGAAGAGGACACGAUAAGGUCGUGCAGAUACUACUAGAACAAGGAGCCGAUGUCAACGCCCGGGGUAGACAUGGCGAAAAUGCGUUCCAAGCCGCUUCUGAAAGAGGACACGAUAAGAUCGUGCAGAUACUACUAGAACAAGGAGCCGAUAUCAACACCCAGGGUUGUGACAACGGAAAUGCGCUCCAAGUCGCUUCUGUCAUAAAUUUGAGAUGA